AUGGUGUCGAUCGCACACAUAGCUAUCUCAUUCUGCUCCUAUCUAUCUAUCUAUCUAUCUAUCUAUCUAUCUAUCUAUCUAUCUAUCUAUCUAUCUCAUUCUGUUCCUAUCAAUCUAUAUAUCUACAUUUCACACUGGGGCGAAUCAUUUCUCUUAUUGGGCGAAUCUUUCUCGCUUUCAUUCCGUCAUUCUUUCUUAGUGCCUUUGUUUCUUUUCCUUUUUGUUUAUUUGCUUUCAUUUUUCUUUUCUUUUCUUUUCUUUUCUUUUCUUUUCUUUUAUUUUCUUUCUUUCUUUCUUUCUUUCUUUCUUUCUUUCUUUCUUUCUUAUUUCUUUCUUUUCUUUUUCUUUUUUCUUUCGUUCUUUCUUUCUCAUUUCUUCACUCUUUCUUUCUUCUUGGUUCUUUUCAGUUUUUGUCUUAGUUGUAAAUUUCUUCUUUCUUUCUUUCUUCUAACUUCUUUUCAAUAUUUUCUUUCUUGUAAACUUCUUCUUUUCAGUUUCCGUCAUUUUUUUCUUCUUUCUUGUGCAUUUUUCAUUAUUUCUUUUUUUUCUUUCUUUUCUGUUAUCUUUUUAGUUGUAAAUUUCUUCUUUCUUUCUUUAUUUCUUUCUUCCGAGAUUUUUUUCAGUUUUCUUCUUCCUUUUUUCUUCUUUCUUGUAAGUUUCUUCUUUCUUUCUUUCUUUCUUUCGAGUUUUUUCAAUUUUCUUCUUUCUUGUAAGUUUUUUUCCUUCUUUCUUUUGUUCCUUCUCCUGAUUUCUUUCCUCCUUGUAAAUUUCUUUCUUUCUUUCUUUCUUUCUUUCUUUCUUUCUUCUGAGUUUUACACUUUACUUCUUUCUUUUAAGUUUUUCUUUCUUUAUUUCUUUCAUUCAGUUUUCUUUCUUUUCAGUUUUCAAAUUCCUUCUUCCUUUCUUUCAUCGGAGUUCUUUCAGUUUCUUGUAAGUUUCAUAUUUCCUUCUUUCUUUCUUCUGGUUUUUUAUUCUUUUUUUUCAUUGAGUUCUUUUCUUUCCUUCAUUCUUAUGAGUUCUGAGUUCUUUUCAGUUUCCUUCAUUCUUAUGAGUUUUUCAUUCUUUCUUUCUAUUGAGUUCUUUUCAGUUUCCUUCAUUCUUAUGAUUCUUUUCAGUUUCCUUCAUUCUUAUGAGUUUUUUCAUUCUUUCUUUCUAUUGAGUUCUUUUCAGUUUUUAUCUUGUAAAUGUUUUCUUUCUUUCAUUCUUCAUUCAGAGUUCUUUUCAGUUUUCUUCUUUCUUGUAAUUUCUUCUUUCUUUUUUCUUUUUCUUAUAAAUGACUUCUUUCUUUCUUCAAGGUUUUUCAGUUUCCUUCUGUCUUGUAAAUUUCUUCUUUCUUUGUCUGUUUCUUUUUUGUCUUCUGAGUUCUUUUCACUUUCUUUUUCUUAUAUGUUUCUACUUCCUUUCUUUCGUUUUUCUUUCUUCAGAUAUUUUCAAUUUUCUUUCUUGCAAGUUUUUUUUUACAUUCUUCCUUUCUUUCUUUCAUCAGAUUUUCUUAUUUCUUAUAAUUUUCUUUCUUUCUUUCUUUCUUUCUUUCUUUCUUUCUUUCUUUCUUUCUUUCUCCUGAGUUCUUUUCAGUUUUCUUCUUAUAAAUUUAUUCUUUGUUUCUUUCUUCUAAUAUUUUUUCUUUGUUGUAAAUUUCUUUCUUUCUUUCUUUCUUUCUUUCUUUCUUUCUUUCUUUCUUGUGAUUUCUUUCUUUCUUCUGAGUUCUUUUCAGGUUUCUACUGUUUUGUAAAUAUCUUCUUUCUUUCUUUCUUUCUUUCUUUCUUUCUUUCUUUCUUUUUCCUGAUUUCCUGUAAAAUUCUUUCUUUUUUAUUUGGAUUUUUUCAUAAUUUUGUCUAUUUUCUUUCUUUCUUUCUUUCUUUCUUUCUUUCUUUCUUUCUUUCUUUCUUUCUUUUCUUUUUUCUUUUUUUUCUCAUUUAUCUUCAUCACGAUUAA